AUGGAGCUGGUGCACGUGCAAGAGACGUACGGCAGCGUACCGGCGUAUUUCCACAAUUUAAAGGCGGCUUCAAAUAGCCCGCUUCAUAUUGCCUCGGAAUGGGGCGAUCCUGAUGACCUGCCGCUGAAGAAGGGUUCCUUGGAAACACCAUCAAAGAAAGUCCAGGUCCACCUUCUUACGCCGGGCAAAAGCCAGAAUUCGCCGGCUCAGAAUGCUACAGUAAGGAGAGGAAGCUCUACGGCAGACUCGGCGGCUCCAUCGCCUCCUCCAGAAACGAAAAAGGGCACUAAGGUCCAACCUGUGGAUGUGCUUUGGGCUAUGCUCAACGACAUUGUUGGUAAGGACAAGAUGGCCAAAUUCGGCCAGUACACGUUGCGUUUGUUGUUGCAUCACUCGAAAAACACGCAAGAUUGGCUCAGUGACGAGAUGAUCAAUGUCAAGCUGAUAAACCGCACAUACGCCUCGACAGAAAGAGUCAUGGAUUUGGGUUUCGCCAGGGUGCUAGUCAUCUUGAUCUGCUCGGUGUUCAACCUGCGAUUCGCCGCCGUGGUGCCUGCUAUCGGUAUCUACAGACAGUUUCUUCGAUUCGGUAAGUCGCCGUUCCGCAUACGCAACUUGUACUGGAAAAUCCGUGCGGCCAUGAAUAAUCCUGCCAAGUGGACGUUCAACCCCUCCCUAUUUUCAAACACAACCCUCGGUGAGAUCAUCUCCUUAUACUACUCCAUCAACGACGAGUCGAUUCUCAUGGGCAAGCUCGGACUCUUGAAAAACCCCACAGUCAAAGACUUUGUGUCUCGCCACGAGUCUUACGCCUGGUACUGCGAGUCCUGGUUUGCUCUCUACAAUGCAUACAGCAACUUACAGCACUUGAGCCAGCAGGAGAUGGACGCCAAGAUCCAGAUCCAAGUCAAGAAGCGGGCCCGUGCCAUCUCCAGACAGCUUUUAGGCGGCGGGUCCGAGAAUCCUAUACCCAGCUUGACCAGCUCAAACCUAGAUGACGACUCUCGCGAUACCGUAGCGCUCAAAGAGAUCAUGUUCAAGAAGACAAACGCACACAUUGAUAUUUAUAAGACGCUUUCCGACAUUGUGUUCAAUUCAUACUCCGUGUGGGGUAUGGCGCUUCACUUCGAAACCGUCCAGAUCUGGAUGGGUAUCCUGGCGUCUUUCCUCAGCUCCGUCAAAUUGUACAGGGAAAAGAAGAAGGAGUUGGUGGGCAACCGCAAGCCUUGA